GCCCCGGCGGCUGCGUACUGGCUGUGGGAUGGGAAGUGAAGCCCCAGCGAGCGGCUGCGGCGGGGCUGUGAGGAGCAGCCAGGGGGAGGCGGCGGCGGCUGGUCGGUGAGCAGCUGGAGAGAGAGAGGAGCCGGGGCGGAGCACCUGCAGGCACGGGCGGCGGCUCCACCAUGGCGAUUCGCAAGAAGAGCACCAAGAGUCCCCCGGUCCUGAGCCAUGAAUUCAUCCUGCAGAAUCACGCGGACAUCGUCUCCUGUGUGGCGAUGGUCUUCCUGCUGGGGCUCAUGUUCGAGAUAACAGCAAAAGCUUCUAUCAUUUUUGUUACUCUUCAGUAUAAUGUUACCCUCCCCGCAACAGAAGAACACGCUACUGAAUCAGCAUCCCUUUAUUACUAUGGUAUCAAAGAUUUGGCUACAGUUUUCUUCUACAUGCUAGUGGCGAUAAUUAUUCAUGCCAUAAUUCAAGAGUAUGUGUUGGAUAAAAUUAACAGGCGAAUGCACUUCUCCAAAACGAAACACAGCAAGUUUAAUGAAUCUGGUCAGCUUAGUGCAUUCUACUUUUUUGCUUGUGUUUGGGGAACAUUCAUUCUAGUCUCUGAAAACUACAUCUCAGAUCCAACGAUCUUGUGGAGGGCUUAUCCCCAUAACCUCAUGACAUUUCAAAUGAAGUUUUUCUACAUAUCACAGUUGGCUUACUGGUUUCAUGCUUUCCCUGAACUCUACUUCCAGAAAACCAAAAAAGAAGAUAUUCCUCGUCAACUUGUCUACAUUGGUCUUUACCUCUUUCACAUUGCUGGAGCUUAUCUUUUGAACUUGAAUCAUCUAGGACUUGUUCUUCUGGUGCUGCAUUAUUUUGUUGAAUUUCUUUUCCACAUUUCCCGCUUGUUUUAUUUUAGUGAUGAAAAGUAUCAGAAAGGAUUUUCUUUGUGGGCAGUUCUUUUUGUUUUGGGAAGACUUCUGACUUUAAUUCUUUCAGUACUCACUGUUGGUUUUGGCCUUGCAAGAGCAGAGAAUCAGAAACUGGAUUUCAGUACAGGAAACUUCAACGUGUUGGCUGUUAGAAUCGCUGUUCUGGCAUCCAUUUGCAUUACCCAAGCAUUCAUGAUGUGGAAGUUCAUUAAUUUUCAGCUUCGGAGGUGGAGGGAACACUCUACUUUUCAGGCACCACCUGUGAGGAAGAAACCGACAGUGACUAAAGGCAGGUCUUCUAGAAAAGGAACAGUGCUGGGGAUCAAGCCCAGGGCCAAGAGUAUGCUAGCUAAAAAUGGUGUAAAUGGAACAGUAACAUCAAAUGGAGCAGACUCUCCCCGCAAUAGAAAAGAGAAAUCUUCAUAAUGAAUUAUAAACUAGUUGAUCACUGUCCCCAAAGAAAUCUGCUUUUUACUAUAUCUUUCAGCACUAGAAAUUUUUUUGUUCUUGAAAAUACAGUUUGUGCUUUGAUUCUU